UCUUAAUUAACCUUAAGUUAAAGUUAAGUUGAUGCCAAAAAUCAAUCAUAAACGACUUGUUUUACCUGUUAUUACUUAAAAUCCUGGAGUUGGAUAUUACUCUCCUAAUUUACAAAGCAUCUAUUCUAAUCCAAAAAUAACCCGAUUAAGAAGUGUGACUAAAAUCCCAACACUUCAUGAUUUUUCUAACGAAAGAAUAAAUAUAUAAAAAAACCAUAAAAAAUUCUCUCAGAAAUUUACAAUCUUAGAAAUGCUUCUCAAAGAGGUUGAUGAAGAGGUUGAUUAAGAUAUGAAAGAUAAUCCUGUAUAUAUUUAUAUUAAAUUUUUAGAAAUGUUGUUAAACUCCACUCCAAAUAUAACCACUAAAUGAUAAAUUUAUUGAAUAAUUAAAGCAAAUUAAGACUAACCUACAAAAAGUUCUCAGGAAAAAAUUAUGA